CUGCACAGUGAGAGACUCUAUGCCUGAGGGAUCAUUCAGUAAAAAUGAUGAGCACUACAGUUGUAACCCUGAUGCUGCUCUUCAAUCUCUUGCAGGACAGUGCUGGAGACACUGAGCCACAGGAAACUGAAGGUCUGUCCAGCCUGUUUGUUCAACGGGACAUCUCUGCUGAGCUGAAGAGUCUGAGCGAUCUGGUUAACCAACAAGGAACAACAUUACUGGAGCUGAAAUCAGAGCUGCUGAAGAUGCAGAAAGAGAACACAGCACAAGAAACAGAGCUCUCUGCAAUGAAGACCAGACUAGCGGUCAGUGAGCGAGAGGUGGAAUACCUGAAGAAGGAGAACACAGUGCUGGAGAACAGACUAACUGCUAGCGAAAAUGCCACAAAAAAUCUCAUUAAAGAGAACGCAGAGAGGCCGAAGGUGGCAUUCUCAGCUGCUCUGACUGAUUCUGGAACAGUGGGACCGUUCAGUGUUCAGACUCAACUGGUCUUCAAAAAAGUCAUCACAAAUGUUGGCAAAGCUUACAACUCAAACACUGGAGUUUUCACUGCUCCAGUGAAGGGAAUCUACUAUUUCAGGUUCACGGCUCUGGGCUACCUGCACUCCAAUGCCAUGUCUGUUAAUUUACAUAAGAAUCAGCAAACUCUAAUGCACAUUGGUUCUUAUAACACCCACGGGUAUCAUGAGUUUAUAAGCAGUGGCCUCACGCUGGAGCUGGAGGUGGGAGAUGAGAUUUACACCAGUCUAUCAGCAACCUACAAACUUUAUGAUAACUCAAAUAACUCAACAACUUUUACCGGCUUUCUGCUUUGCCCUUUAUGAGUGCUUUUUCAUGGUAAACUCACAGAACAAAUUAUUUAAAACAAAUUUUGAAGGCUUUUUCUUGGGUUUUUUCAUGUGAUCAAUCAUACACAGCAAAAUAAACUUCAAUAUAGGUGAUUCCAAAUGUAAAAAAUGGCGUGUUUUUAGUUUUUUUUAGAGUUAGUUCAUGUUAAACAGACAUAGCCGUUGUUAUAUUUAAGCCCCUGUACUAAAGCAGUAGAUAGUUAACAGUGUUUGUGAUGUGGAUGAGAUGCUGUGGCCAGACCGAAACAGUUUUAGCAUAGUUUUUUUUUUUUUUUACUGUA